UUGACCUAGACAGACGAAAGAACACGUCAGGAUAACUUUCUUCGGUUACAUUUUAAUUUCUCCCCUACAGUCGGCGAAAUAUGCACUAUUAAUAAAUGCUCGAACUGUCCCCUCUUUUUUUUCCCCCAAUUUACUCGCUUCUCGCGUGAUUUGCCCGUAUCGUGGCUCAAGUUUGAUAGCGUAAGAGGUUUAGUCCCUCCUCUUCCUCGUUUUUUCCCCCUGCAGGCUCGGUGUACGACUGUUCUCUACUAUCUUACUGUGCAACAGCCAUUUUAAAAACAACCGGAGGUCGGUGGUACACACUGUCUGCCCUCCCCAAUGACAGUUUUGGCUUGACCCCGCCCAAUAGGAAACAGGUUUAGGGAGUGCUGGCAGCCAUGCGAGAGAGCGUGGGGGCAUGUAGUCGUUUUUACUCGCUGUAUUUUAACAAGCCUCGCAGUGUCGUCAUGAAACGCUUUUAAAAUAACUCCCAGUCGUGCAAAAUGAAUAACACUGGUGCGUGAUAACUACGUAUGGAGAUGUAAGCAUCGCCACAGCACGAUCCGGAACUCGGUGGGAGCAAUUGUAUCUGUGCGUUUACUACCUCAUGUGAAUACGGACUUUUUUCUUUCACAAGGGGAGAGUCGCAUAUAUGUGUCCAUCUGCAUAGCUGAGCUCUAUGCUAUUAGCAAAGACUACGGUACUGUCGCAGGCAUUUUUUUUUCCCCAAGAGAAUGCGCUUAAUUCCGAGCUUCUUGCCUUAUCUGAGGCAGUGUCAUUAUCGGAGGUUACAGUGUCGUUUGCCCGGCAGAUUUGAGAGCGCUUCAAGUGCCUUCAACACCAGCUCUAACUCGCACUGUAGUAGUGGAGCCGAGAGGAAAUGGCAAAAACCAACUGGGUUUGACACUGGCAUUAAAACGUACAACAGCCUCACCAAAAGAAAGGAAUCUCUAAUACUGGCAAAAGAAGGAACUGCUACCUGGUACAGUUGUGGCCCCACUGUGUAUGAUCACGCACAUCUUGGCCAUGCUUGCUCCUAUGUCAGGUUUGAUAUUCUACAAAGGAUUCUGUCCAGAGUUUUUGGGAUUGAUGUAAUUCACGUGAUGGUCAUCACUGACAUAGAUGACAAAAUAAUUAAGAGAGCAUCAGAGGAAAAUAUGUCACCUACAAUUUUGGCCAGGCUUUAUGAAGAGGAGUUCAAGAAUGAUAUGGAAGCUCUUAAGGUGCUUCCUCCUACAGUUUACAUGAGAGUAACUGAGAACAUUCCACAAAUCAUAGCUUUCAUCGAGGGUAUAAUUAAAAACCAGCAUGCGUAUUGUACAAGUAAAGGUAAUGUCUAUUUUGACAUCCAAUCCAUUGGGGAUCGAUAUGGGAAACUCAUGGUCAUAGGUGAUACAGGAGGUGAACCAGGGGACACAGAUAAACGUGAUGCCAGGGAUUUUGCACUGUGGAAGAAAGCCAAAAUUCAAGAACCGAGCUGGGAUUCCCCCUGGGGAAAAGGGAGACCUGGCUGGCAUAUCGAAUGCUCGACAAUAGCAAGCUCUGUUUUUGGAAGUCAGCUUGAUGUCCAUUCUGGUGGAAUUGAUCUUGCCUUCCCCCACCACGAGAAUGAAAUUGCACAAUGUGAAGCUUAUCAUCGCUGUGCGCAAUGGGGCAACUACUUUCUGCACUCAGGACAUUUGCAUUUGAAGGGAAGUGCAGAGAAGAUGUCCAAGUCAUUAAAAAACUACAUUACAAUAAAGGAUUUUUUGCAGUCAUUUACAGCGAAUGAAUUCAGAAUGUUUUGCCUCUUAACAAAGUAUAGAUCAGCUAUUGACUACAGCACUGCCAGCAUGAAUGAAGCAAAGAGUGUUCUGUUCUCCAUCAACACCUUUUUCAGCUAUGCGGAUGCUUACAUUAAAGGCUAUCUGCUAAGCCAGGCUGUGGACGAAGGCCUUUUAUGGGAAAGGUUAGCCACAACAAAAGUGAAUGUGCAGACAGCACUGUCAGAUGACUUUGACACCCCAAGGGCUGUUGAUGCAAUUAUGAGCCUCAUUCACCAUGGCAACCAGCAGCUUCAGGCUGUUACCGAGGGAAGUGGAUCUUCUCGAAGUCCAGCAGUGUUUGGAGCUAUCCAGUCAUACAUCAGGGGAUUCCUGGAUGUAGUUGGGGUUGACAUUGCAGACACAAAGCGAAUACCAAGAGGACCGUCAUCUGUUGCCCUACAUAAUGUUGUUGACGAACUAGUCAAGUUUCGCAGCCACGUUCGUAGGUAUGCUCUGGCUACAGAUGAGCUGCCCCCGGUGUUGGAGAACAGCCCACCAUCAGAGGAGGAGAAAGCCAAGAUAAAGCAGCGCAGGCGGAAACUUCUAGAAGAACGACAGCCACUUCUGAGGGCCUGCGAUGACCUUCGGGAUGAUCUUGCCCCUCUGGGAAUUCUAAUAAAGGACAGAGGUAACAAUUCAACAUGGGAGAUGACAGACAAGAGAGAAGAGUUGAACAAAGAUGAGACUCCACAAUAAUAUCAGAGUAGUGCUAUUCACCAUUUAGAUACUUCUGGUUUUGUUCAGCAGUUAUAAACUUGUCUGCCACAGUGUUAACAUUAAACUUACAGCAACAGGAAUGUAUGUAUGACUUUAACUUUCGCAGUCCUAGCACCUCAUACAGUAUAUGAUUAGUUAACUUUUCACAUAAGUGCAUUUUCAUGUUGAUGAAGCAGGGAAGCAACAUUUAUAAAAUUACAAUAACAAGAUACUUUAAAAAGUACAAACAGCAACUUCACUUUCAUUUUCAAGUUUCAUUUUUCAUAAAUCUACCUGUAAGAGCUUUUUCUUUAGAUGAUUUAUUAACGUGGUGGUAUUGUGUACAUUGGAUGUUUAUACAGCAAAUGUAUCACUUGUACAGUGAACAGAAGUUUUACCUUCACGUUAAAUAUCUGCUGAAAUAUUUAUUUUUAAUUUAUUUCAUUUGACAGUAUUGUGGGCAAAAUUUCUGAAUCACUCUUUUGAAGGGUUUUGGGGAUGAUCAAUAAAAUGAUAGCACUUU